AUGCGUUUGCUAAAUACGACGCCGUCCGAUACGGGCAACUUCAUCAUUGAGGAAUUCUUUGGCGAACCCCCGCCGUAUGCUAUUCUCUCGCAUACAUGGCAUGAGAUGGAGGUCACGUUUCAGGAUAUAACUAAUGGCGUGAUCGAUAAGAAGGGGUUCAAAAAGGUCAAAGAUUGUUGUGCGUUCGCUAGGGCCAAUGGUUAUGGAUACGCCUGGAUAGAUACGUGUUGCAUUGAUAAGACGAGCAGUGCGGAGCUGUCUGAGUCGCUUAAUUCUAUGUAUCGGUGGUAUCAGGAAGCCGAAGUAUGCUAUGCAUAUCUUGCGGAUGUGCCGUCAAAGCCUUUCGCGGAGAGUAGAUGGUUCAGCCGAGGAUGGACGCUUCAGGAGCUAAUUGCUCCGUCGACGGUUAUUUUUCUCGAUCAUGGAUGGAAUGAGUUGGGAACCAGAGAGAGUCUACAAGAUGUUCUAUCCGAGAUCACUAGUAUACCUGCUGGUAUUCUGAUGGGCGAGGAUGAUGUCGAAACUGCUAGUGUUGCUCAAAGGAUGUCAUGGGCUGCGAGAAGGGAGACAACAAGAAUCGAAGAUCGAGCAUAUUGUCUAAUGGGGAUAUUCGGGAUCAACAUGCCGCCUAUUUAUGGGGAGGGCAAGAAUGCCUUUAUUAGACUCCAAGAAGAGAUCAUGAAAAUAUUGGAUGAUCACAGCAUAUUUGCCUGGCGGUCUGACUCUGAAGAGGAGAAUCACGGUGGGCUUUUAGCAACAUCCCCAGACGCAUUCAGAGAAUCUGCAAAUGUUGUCCCUUAUAAUCCUUUCGCAACGAUUGAAGGUCCAUUGACUGUAAGCAGCAAGGGAAUCCAUUUGGAAUUACGGUUUAUUGGUAUAGGCCAUCCAGGAUUAGGCCUCGCUAUAUUACAUUGUACGGAGCGCGAGAGAGAGAAUCGGCUGAUUGGGAUAUAUUUGCAAGAUUCAUUAUUGACGAUGCAACAAUUUAAAAGGAGACAGUGCGGAACAUUUCAACUUCUUAAUCUCGGCGACCUUAAACCAUCACAGUAUCCUUUGAGAAGAUUAUGUAUCAAACAACGACGACCCGAAAAUCGGAAAAUGAACAAGAAAGGGAAACCAAGAAACACGGAGCCUGCUGUAGAUGACUUACAUCUCCAAAUACUAGAAAGGCCACUGCAAGCCUGUUGUGAUGCAGAGACAAAUUGGAUAAACGCAAAUGGGAUAAGCGGCAAUGGACAGACGCUUCUAUCCCACGCAGCAGGAAAGGGGGAUGUUAGCAUGCUAUGGCUGCUGCUAACCCGUGGUGAUGUCAGUGCCGGCGGUAGGGACCUCAGCGGCCGCACGCCACUAUCGCGCGCAGCAGAACGUGGACAUGAAGCUAUUGUGGGCCUGUUACUAUCUCGGAACGAUGUUGAUCCUGAUUAUGAGGAUGCAAAUGGACGAACACCCCUUUCAUACGCUGCAGUUUCGGGUCACCUGGUGAUCGCCAAACUAUUGCUUCAGUCUGGUAAGGUCUAUGCCGAAUCAGAGGAUAAGUACGGUCGAACCUCUCUUUCUCGUGCCGCAGAGGGCGGGCACGAAGAAAUGGUUAGACUGUUGCUUGGAAGGGGUGCUAAAUUGGAGUCUAAGGACAAAGAUCACCGAACACCAUUAUCUUGGGCUGCUGCGGAGAAUAAUCAUGAUGCGGUAGUAGCAUUUUUGCUUGAGAUGGGGGCUGCGAUAGAAUCGAGGGAUAAAGAAGGGCGUACACCACUGACUUGGGCUGCAAUGAAAGGCCGUGAAGCAGUAGUGAAAUUGCUACUGGAGAAGGGAGCCGACAUAGAAUCCGAAGACAAGCAAUCCUGGACUGCGCUAUCACACGCGGCUAGAAAGGAUCAAGUGGCAACAGUAAAGCUACUCAUCUCUAAAGGGGCUUGUAUAGAAUGCCGAGAUGACACUAGUCUGACACCAUUAUCCUACGCUGCAGAGCGUGGCCAUGACGCGAUUGUCAAAGUACUUCUGGAGGCAGGUGCCGAUAUAGAGUCACCGACUAUCCUGAAGGAGACAGCACUAACCUUAGCUGCGCAUAGAGGCCAUGAUGCCGUAGUAAGACUGCUUCUUGAGAAGGGGGCUGAUUUGCAUUCUCGUGGUCAUCAUGAUCAAACGCCACUUUUUUCAGCUGCAAAGGGAGGCAGUGAAGGAAUAGCGCGACUCCUCCUUGAAAAGGGGGCCGAUAUAAACUCUCAAGACUAUUGGAGUCGGAUGCCGUUAUCCUAUGCUGCGGAGAAUGGACAUGAGGCAGUGGUAAAGCUGCUGCUUGAUCAAGGGGCUCAGAUGAAGCUCCAGGAUGAUUGGGGUCAGAUACCGUCAGGUUAUGCUGCAAAAAACGGGCAUGACACAGUGGUAAAGCUACUACAGGAAGCAUGUGGUGAGAAUUAG